AUGACCGCCAGCAUGGCAGAACUAUUCGCCCUACUCAGAGGACCGAACCGCGCAUCCUUGAGCUCCACGCCUCCACCGAGACAAGGGCCAACAGUCGAUCCGACCCCUUGGAUUCCGCCAACCCAAGCUCCGGAAAACACUGAUGCUCCCGCGCCACCAACACUGCAUACGUCCACGGUUCACCCUUUCACCAGUCCAUUUCCGCCACCACCGGCCCCCACGGCCGUCCCUCUUCCACCGGCGGCAUUCUUGUCUUCGAAGCAGGCCCUGUUCGCACCCCCACCUAUCUCUAUGCCGGCCCCAGCCACGGUCUAUACCGUACCUCCGCCGAUGGUUUUCCCGGCAUCAAGUGCACCUGCUCCGACUCAUCUCCAAGCCACGGAGCUUCCUCCGUAUCCAUCACUACAACCCCACGUCGGCCUUUCCUACCAAGCACCGCCUCCUAUAAACACUACCUUCCUCGAAGUAGGCACACCAAACCACGCGGCCCAGUUUGCUUCACCAAAACACUUUCUCCCCGAGGUUGACGCCGAGCAGGAGCGCAGGCUAAAGAGGAUGGAAGAAACAGUACGAGCCCUGCAGGCUGAAGAUAUUCCGACAUGGGCAGACCUCUCCCGGAAAUUCAUCGACCAAUACCAGUACUGCGCGGAAGCACCUCCGACCCUCUUGGAAUUGAGCACGAAAGAGAUGGCGCAGGGCCAAAGGUUCGAGGAAUACGCCACCAAAUGGCAUGCCCAAGCGGCGAAGCACAUUUCUCCGAUCAGCGAGAAGAGGAUCGACAGCAACAGGCUCACCUUCAAUGCUGUCAGACCCCCGAAUGUGCAGGCCAACCCCCUCCCUGAUCAUAGGCCGAGUUCAGGACCCUCCAUCAACAUGAUCACCAUAUGCACCUCGGGGAAAGACGAGAACGCACAAGACAACCCACUUCCCUUCGUGAUUGACUACACCCCCGAGGAACCCACGGUCGAAUUCGCGGGACACAUGGCCUCGCCGGCCCUAUUUGUCGUGGAUAUCCCCGCUCGAGAACCGUACUCGGAUAACAAGGUCCCUUGGACCUAUGAAGGAAGCAUCAGGAGUGUCGAGCAAUAG